GCGGGAGGGGAGGGGCGCGGGGAGGAGUCUGCAAACUUUCGCUUCGAGGGCAUUGUGGGAAGCAGCCAUGGUCUGAGGCGGGCGCCUCACCUGUCACCCGCGCCGGCUCCUGCGCUCGGCUCUCGCCCUCGUGUCCACUGCUCUCGCCACUCGCCGGGCGGGGGCGGCGACGGCCCGGCCACCAUGAUACAUUUCAUAUUGCUCUUCAGUCGACAAGGGAAAUUACGGCUGCAGAAAUGGUACACUACUCUCCCUGACAAAGAAAGGAAAAAGAUCACCCGGGAAAUUGUACAGAUCAUUCUCUCUCGUGGCCAGAGGACAAGCAGUUUUAUUGACUGGAAGGAGCUAAAACUUGUUUAUAAAAGGUAUGCUAGUUUAUAUUUUUGCUGUGCAGUAGAAAAUCAGGACAAUGAGCUCUUGACACUUGAGAUUGUGCAUCGUUAUGUGGAGUUGCUGGACAAAUACUUUGGAAAUGUCUGCGAGCUGGAUAUUAUCUUUAAUUUUGAAAAGGCUUAUUUUAUCCUGGAUGAGUUUAUCAUCGGUGGAGAAGUUCAGGAAACGUCCAAGAAAUCUGCUGUCAAAGCCAUUGAAGAUUCUGAUAUGUUACAGGAGACAAUGGAAGAAUACAUGAACAAGCCUACGUUUUAAGUGUGUAUCUACUUGAAGACUCCUAGUGCUGCGUGUUGUGAACCUGUCAAUAAGCAACGGCUUACGUCCAGUUUUCUGACAGAGCCUCUGGCACCAUGCCAACAAUGACUUAAAAGGGAUCUUUGUUAAUGAGCAAAACUUAAAGUUGUUCAACAAUAUAUUUAUCAUUAUUACAUGGCUGUAUUAUACUGUAUAUGACUAUGUAUUGUAGCUCUAGAUGUUAAAAUAACUGCUUCAUAACUCAAUAAAUUGAGUAUUUGCAAUAUUUUAACUCCUGUAAUAUUUUUAAGCUAACUUAAAUAAAUUUGUGGCAAUGUGUUUUUGUUGCAUUGGAAUCCUCUACUGACAGGCUGAAAACUGUAUUGCAAUAAUCCAUGAUUUUGAAUGUAAAGUAUAUCUUGUAUCAAUAAUACUUUUGCUAAAUGUUUAGCUUUUUAAAUUGUAUAAUAAUUCAAAAUUAUGUUAAUAGUUCAGAGUUCAUACAUAAUGCUAGACAUUUUUAAUACUUAAUAAUACUGUAAUUUCAGUCCAGGUACAAUGUAUCUGAUUUUAAUGUCCUGAAUUCAUUUAUUUUUUUCAGGAUUGGAAUUAAGAAAAAUAACCAAAGAUAGGAUAGGACUUAAGCGUUUUUAAUACCUUGGAAGCCAGUAUUUAGGCUGAGUUUUUAAUUUUACCUUUGAAUUGAGUAUCAAGAGCAUUCCAAUAAGAUUGCGUUUUCAACAAACUCUAGGUAUUUAUUAAGGCUUUGAGACAUCUGGAGAUGCAGUGUCUAUGACUUCCCUUAUUGUAAAAAUAGGGAAAUUGUAAAAAAAAAUAAUAAAGAUUCAUAACAGUAGCAAUAAUUAUUAUUACUACUACUAUUAAUAAUCUUUAUGUUUCAAGCACUCUUAGUUGCUGGAGAGAUUUUGUUUCAAAUGUGUUUUAAUGUAUAUCUAAUAUAUUUGAAGAAAUUGUUUAUUAGGCUUACUUAGAAUGUUUAACAUUAUUUCAGCCUUUAUAAUGGAUGCCUUCUUCCUUUUUUCUUUCCUCACUCUCCCAAAGGAAAUAUUUGCUGCUGACCAUUGUUAUUGUAAAUAUGUCGCAUUUAUGCUUCCUGGAAUGCAGGUUCUGUGUAACCAGGUAGUAAAUGUGAUCAGACAUAUUGUAGGAACUAGCUCAUGA